GAAACCCGUAGGCUCCACCCAGAACCUCAAGCAUUUGAUAGGUCACAGCUUCGUCUCUCCUUACGCGCGCGAUAGGCUGUUACUGUCAAACUGAGUCUGAAUGGAUGAGAAAAAAUGAAUAAAAUGGAUACAAUCAUACAACGUAGAAGCUGGAUUGGCUACAGGGAUUAGUGUCCAUAAGUCUAACCACCUACCCACCAUCCAAUCUCUAGCAUCUUUCGAUAGUAACCACCCCCUUCACGGAAACCAUGUCACCCCCUUUCCGCGCAGAACACCUCGGUUCCCUCCUCCGUCCUCCUACCCUCCUCGCUACCCGCGCCGCCAUAACCCAAAACGAACUCCCUCCAUCCUCCCUCGCCCCAGUCGAAAAAGCCGCCAUCCAAUCCAUCGUCCAAACCCAACUCACACUCGGCUUCCGGUGCAUCACCGACGGCGAAUACCCCCGACACAUGUUCUGGGGCUCCUUUUUCCCAAACCUCAACGGUAUGAAAGAGAUCUACGACCCCCCGAUCGAGAUUUUCCGCGCAUACGCUCCGGACAUCGCUGCGUUCAUCGAGAACGUGCAGAUUCCCGGCGAGAGCGUGGUGUGCACGGGGAAGAUCUCGCAUACGGGCGAAUCGACGUAUGUCGAGCAGGUCAGGUAUCUGCAGUCGAUUUUGCCGGAGGAGAGGUGGGGAGACAUCAAGUUGACGGUGGCGGCGCCGAAUUGGUAUCAUUUGAGGUAUAUGGAAGGGAAAGCGUACCCGAAGGAUGUGUAUGUGGAUGAUAAAGAGUAUUUUGGGGAUAUUGCGAAAGCGUAUCAGGUGGAGUUGGAUAUUUUGUAUAAAGCUGGGUUGAGGAAUGUGCAGUUUGAUGAUCCGAAUUUGGCUUAUUUCUGCUCGGAGAAGAUGCUGAAGGGAUGGGAAGAAGACAAGACGAAUAUCACAUCUGCCGAUGACAUGUUCGAUGCUUAUAUCCAGCUAUACAACGACUGUAUCUCCAAAGCUCCUUCCGACAUGCAUUUCGGUGUUCAUCUCUGUCGAGGAAACUUCGUCGGCUCCCGCCACUUCAGCGAAGGCUCCUACGACCGAAUCGCCACCAAGCUCUUCCAAUCCCUCAACAUCCACACCUACUACCUCGAAUACGACACUCCCCGUGCCGGCGGAUUUGAGCCCCUCGCCUUCCUCCCCAAAAACAAAUCCGUCAUCCUCGGCGUCGUGACGUCCAAGUUCCCGGAACUCGAAGACAAAGAGGAGAUGAAGCGCCGGGUGUAUGAGGCUGCGGAAAUUAUCGCCAAGGGGAACGGAGAAACUAGGGAGGAAGCGUUGAGGAGGAUGGGGGUGAGUCCGCAGUGUGGGUUCGCAAGUCAUGAGGGGGGGAAUUUGAUUGACAUGCAAGGGAUGGAGAAUAAGUUGAAGUUGGUGAGGGAGAUUGCGGAUGAUAUCUGGCCAGGGGAGGCGUAAGGAGGAGCCAACAAAAUCAAGUUUCAACAUACUUGCAUUACUAGUUUAGGUUAUAAUAUUUACCAUGUAUGUAUACUAAAUAUCUGUUGUGGAAGGUAUGUCUUUGAGAUGAUCA